GAUAAUACCCCUCAUUUAGCCUCCAAGACUCCGAGGGAAACCCCAACCAACCAAAGGUAAAUUCGUAAAACCAGAUCAAGAUCGUCUCGUCAACACAACGCGAUUUUACAACCUUCGCCAAAUCGAUCGCUUCACAGAAAGAAAAUCCCAAGUCGCCGUUUUUUCCCACAACAACCCCUGUACCUCAUACACUCCCACCGGAAUUCGCAUACUCUUUAACAACCCGUCCAAUUUUCCGUCAAACCGUCGAUUUCUCACCGGUCCAAAACUAGGGUUUUUUUGAACGGUUCGAACACUCACGUGCUAGGGCUUGGUGUAUGAAACACACCAUUCAGCGCGAUGUUUACGCCGCAGAGGAGGUCGGCGCCGAGGUUUACGCCACGGAGCGAGGGUGAGACCCACAACAGGAACUCAGGGAAUCCGCCGCCGCCGCCUUUGGGUUUGUUGAAUGAGAGCGGGAUGAUGGCGGCAGAGGACGGGGCGGGGGGUAUGGAGGAGGAUUGGAGGAGGUUUAGGGAGGCGGGGUUUUUGGAUGAAGGGGAAAUGGAGAGGAGGGAUUUGGCCGCGGUGGCGGAGAAGGUUUCCAGGCUUGAGAGAGAGCUUUUCGAUUAUCAGCAUAAUAUGGGGCUGCUGCUUAUUGAGAAGGAGGAGUGGGCGUCAAAAUAUGAAGAAGUGAGAGAAGCACUAGCUGUGGUUCAAGAAGUCAUCAAACGAGAGCAGACAGCGCAUUUGAUUGCAAUAACUGAAGUUGAGAAGCGAGAGGCGAAUAUCAGAAAAGCUUUGGGCAUUGAAAAGCAGUGUGUGGCUGAUCUUGAGAAGGCAUUACGGGAAUUGCAUGCAGAUCAUGCAGAAGUCAAGUUUGCAUCUGAGGCUAAGAUAGUUGAAGCAAAUGCCUUGGUUGCUGGAAUCGAGGAUAAAUCAUUUGAGGUGGAGGAAAAGUUGCAUGCUGUUGAUGCGAAACUUGCCGAGGCUAGUAGAAAGAAUUCAGAGCUGGACAGGAAACUACAAGAAUUGGAGUCUCGUGAAAGUGUGCUUCAGAGGGAGCGCCUAUCCUUUAACACAGAGCGAGAAGUGCAUGAUGCAACUUUUCAUAAACAUAAAAAAGAUUUGCAGGAGUGGGAGAAGAAAAUGCAGGAAGCUGAAGAGAGGCUUUGUGAGGGUCGGAGAACCAUAAAUCAGAGAGAGGAAAAGGCAAAUGAAAGGGACAGGACACUUGAGCAGAAAGAGAAGACACUUGAAGUUGCACAGAAGAAGAUCGAUUUGGCUAGAAAAGCUUUGAAGGAGAAAGAAGAAGAUAUAGAAACUAGAUUUUCGGACUUGGUUGCAAAAGAGGAAAAAGCUGAAUCUCUUAGAAGCUGCCUAGAGACGAAGGAGAAGGAAUUACUUGCUUUGACAGAAAAGCUUAGUGCCAGAGAAAGAGUGGAGAUUCAGAAGGUCCUUGAUGAGCACAGGGCCUGCCUGGAUACAAAAGGGAUGGAAUUUGAUUUGGAAAUGGAAGAGAGGAGGAAAUCACUUGAUGAUGAAAUUAGAGACAAGACAGAAGCAAUGCAGCAAAAAGAAGCAGAAAUCAAUCACAUGGAGGAAAAAAUUCGAAAAAGAGAGCAAGCAUUGGAAAAGAAGUCUGAGAGACUCAAGGAGAAAGAGAAGGACCUUGAAGCAGCAUUGAAAGCUUCAAAGGAAAUGGAGAAGUCUAUCAAAGCUGAGGAGAGAAGACUGGAAGUUGAAAUGAAGCAAAUGUUUUCUGAUAAAGAAAGUCUGCAUAUUGUCAAAGAUGAGCUUGAUAAACUGAGGGCUGAGAUAAGUCGGCACGAACUUCAGAUACGCGAAGAGAAGGAAAAACUUGUGAUUACUGAAGAAGAGAAAGCUGAACAUCUUCGUUUGCAGUUAGAGUUGAAAGAGGAGAUAGAAAAGUACAGACUUGAGAAGGAGCUGCUUUUGAAGGAAGGUGAGGAUCUGAAGCUGGAUAGAAAGAAAUUUGAGGAAGAGUGGGAAGCAUUGGAUGAGAAACGAGUUUCCAUUGCUGAGGCAUUCAGGGUUAUUGAUGAAAAAAGAGAGGAGCUAGAAAAAUCACAUCGCUCAGAAGAGGAACGGUUGCAAAAGGACAGAGUUGUGACACAGGAUUAUAUAAGGAGAGAGUUGGAAAACGUCAAGUUAGAGAGAGAAUCAUUUGAAGCUGUGAUGAAGCAUGAGCAGUCAGUUUUUUCUGAAAAAGCACGAAGUGAACACAGCCAGUUACUUCUCGAGUUUGAGUUGAGGAAAAGAGAUCUUGAGACCGAGUUUCAGGUUAGGCAAGAAGAAAUAGAGAAACACCUGCACGAAAAGGAGAAAGCAUUUGAGGAGGAGAGGCGGAAAGAACUCACCAAUAUCAACUACAUGAAGGGAGUUGUCCAGGGGGAAAUAGAGGAAAUGAGGUCUGACAGGCCUAAAAUGGAAAAGCAAAAGCAGGAAGUUGCUUUGAACAAGAAGCAACUGGAAACAGAUCAACUUGAAAUGCGGAGGGACAUUGAUGAGCUUGGUGUUCUUAGCAAGAAGAUUAAGGAUCAGCGCGAACAAUUCAUCAAUGAAAGAGGCAGGUUUCUUGCAUUUGUUGAGAGGCUUAAGAGUUGUAACAGCUGUGGGAAUAUUACACGAGAAUUUGUGCUUUCUGAUCUUCAGUUACCUGACAUGGAAGAACUUGAGGCCCUUCCUUUUUCUGAAUUAGCCAAAGAAGCUUUAACGAGCUCUCAGGGUGCCGUUGAAGGAAACAGUAUGAAAAGAUCUCCUGUGUCUUGGCUCCGAAAAUGCACCUCAAGAAUUUUCAAAUUGUCCCCUAGUGAUGUUCAAAAUCUGGAAUCACCUUUGUCUGUUGUGGAGGUCAAUAGAGCAGAAAUAACAGACAUAGGCGCAGAAAGCGGAAAAAGUGUAGAUGAAGAGAGACCAGAACCCUCAGUUGGGAUCGCGGAGGGCUUGUUAGAGGAGUCCCAGCAAUCAGAAAUGAGCAAUCAACGCAAAACUGGGAGAAAGCCCAGGGGUGGUAUUCAUAGGACACGCUCUGUGAAGGCAGUGGUUGAAGAUGCCAAGGCUAUUUUAGGAGAGAUUUUGGAAGUCCCGAAUUUGCCUGAGUCGCAACCUAAUGAUUCUGCUACUGGCACAAAUGCAAGGAAGAGGCAUCAUGCACAAACUUCUGGAAUCUCAGUGUCUGCGCAGGAUCCUGAUGACAGCGAAGGGCGUUCUGAGAGUGUUACUGCAGGUGGGCCCAGAAAGAAGCGACAGACAUUUGCUCCAGCCAUGCACACCCCUGGGGAAACACGUUAUAAUCUCAGGCGACGCAAGACUGCAGCCGUGGACAGAUCAACUAAAGCUGAGACAAAAAAGAAUAAUGAGAAACGAUCAGAUGACAAAGGUGGUGGCAAUUCAGAUGCAGCAGUACCAAACAUUGGAGUUGCUUCAGCACCUUUGUUGGUGCAUUGUACAACAUGUGAAAGUAUUGAUACUCAGGAGUUCUCGUCUGACAGGGCUGUGAGGUUAGAGACAGCGGCAGAUGUUGAUGACAAGUCUGAAGCAGCGAAGUUGGUUCAAACUAUUGGUUUAAGUGAGGAGGGAAAUGGUACAUCGGGGCAUGACACUUUUCUUGACUCCAAUAGAGGUGACCAUGACAAUGACAAUAACGACGACGAUGACGAUGACGAUGGUGGUGAUGGCGAUUACAUUGACGAUGAUGGUGAUGACGAACAUGAGCAUCCUGGUGAAGUAUCGAUUGGAAAGAAAUUGUGGAAAUUCCUUAGCACAUGACACACUUUUGCCUUUUAGAUACAGACCAGCAUGUGAUCUGUGAGUUUUUCCUUUCUUUGGUUCAAUAGGUCAGCUGCUUCCUCGCUGAUUUUCAGGUGUCCGGUUUUCUUUGUUUGUUUUCCAUAUACAGUUCUGAACAUUUUUUCUCAAGAUAUUUACUUGUUUCUUGUG